GUGUUUGUUUGUGAGAUGAGGUUUUGCUGUUGUUGUUGUGCUCACCAGUAUAUGCUGCAUAGCACACACAAGCGCGAGUGAGCAUAGCACCCCCGAAUAAAGUCCACGCGCGUUAAGUGUUUCUGUUCGUGAGUGUGUUGGUUUGUGUGUAAGUGCAAGUGGUAAGCAACCGGAAGGUCCCACACUGUUGCUUUGGAUCGUAAAUCGUGUAGCCACUUGUGCCAGCCAGCCUGUGGUUAGAAGCGGUUGGCCAGUUUCUUCGACGCUAACCACCGUGUUUAUCCGUGUGUAUCAGUUCCCGGGCGCAUGUGUACGUGAAAGUGUGUGUUUAGUCAACGGUUUUCGGGUUUCAUGGAACGCUAGCAUGGAUUUGAUAUCGCUUCCACCCUGCUCGAGACGCACGGAACUGACGACGAUGGCGAACGAACAACCGAUGGCACUGUCGCCGGCGUCCACCUCGGCGAUUAAGAUCUCGACGACAUUUUUAAAGACGCCUGUCAAGACGGACCAGGACAUACUCCAGAACUCCAUGCUGGAAGACGACCCAAACUCCAACACAAUACUGGCGAGCACCGAUCUGACCGGAGGCAACGCUGCGAACCAUCUCGAGAAACGGCCACGAUGGGGACCACGCCACAAAGGCGCACAGGAGCUGGCGAAGUUGUACAGUAACGGAAAACGAACUCAGGAACUUGUCUGCGUUUACAUCUGCAUCUCGCUGAUGGUGCUGAAUCUCGCCCUAAUACUAAGACACUUUCGUUUCGAGCGCAUCAGCAACGUGGUGGUGGCGGCCAUCUUCGGCAUACUGACGGCAGACUUCGGUUCCGGGCUGGUACACUGGGGUGCCGACACCUGGGGGUCCGUCGAUUUACCCAUCGUCGGUAAGAACUUUCUUCGACCGUUCCGCGAGCAUCACAUCGACCCGACCUCCAUCACACGGCAUGACUUCAUCGAAACGAACGGGGACAACUUUAUGGUCGCGCUGCCAAUACUUGGCAAGCUGGCGUGGAACUUUUUCACCAGAACGAACGCGGAAAUACAGCAGGACUAUGCUAUCAGCGCGUACCUUUUCCUCUGCUCGAUCUUCAUCGCUAUGACCAAUCAGAUUCACAAAUGGUCCCACACUUACUGGGGUUUACCGAGGUGGGUACUGUUUCUGCAGAAUAACCACAUCAUUCUGCCGAGACGCCAUCAUCGCAUUCAUCACGUCGCACCACACGAAACCUACUUUUGCAUAACGACGGGAUGGCUCAACUGGCCGCUGGAAAAGAUAAAAUUCUGGUCCACGCUGGAGGCAAUCAUCGAGCUAUCGACCGGACAUAAACCACGGGCGGAUGAUUUAAAGUGGGCCCAAAAGCAUACCUGAUCCCGUCACACCGUCGCAUCCAUUCUGGCCCAUCCAACCUCGACCGGACUGUACCGCGUGAUAGCAAUUGCUUUGAAUUUUACGAAAGGAUGCAUACCACCCGGAAUCAUACCAACUAACCAGCAAUAUCGCAUUUUGUGCAACCAACACUAACAAUAAAGUUGCACAGUAGGGUUGUAAAAAUGGGAAACGAGAGCGAAAAAGAGAGAGUGUGCGUGUGUGUGUGAGAGAAAGGGAGAGAGAGUAGAUGUGUGCUUUUGUGCUGCUUGUGCACUCGCACACAUUAUAACUAGCGUUUCGGAAAUAUUUUAACGUGCGUUUUGAACAAUUUUGAUACUUUUUACGUACGCAACAGUCGUCAGUUAGAGGCAGGAAGAAAAAAAAAUAAAUAAAGAGAACAGAGAGAGAGAUAUUAUAAUGAAAACUUUACACAUUUUUCC